ACUGUGCAAUUCCGGAAUGUUCGGGUUUUAUGUCAGAUUUCCACCAUUUGCUGUUCUCCAGUUGCCGGAGGUUUUUUUUACAGCCUCGCCAUUGCCCAGUGUCGGGGGUCGGGUGGCCGCUCGGCCCUUUCAACAGGCCCCGCCCGCGGGGCGCGGCUCCAGUCUCGCGAGACUCCGCCGAUCGCGGGAGGAGGAGGAGGAGGAGGAGCGCGCAGUCGGAGCGAGCAGUCGGUGGCGGGUCGGGUCGGGUCGGCGAUUGCGAGGUGAGAAUUAUUUGCAUCAUGUCACAGUCUUCAGACAAGUUCAAGAUGCUGCAACAGCAACAGCAACAACUUUUACACAGCAGCAACAACAACAACAACAACAACAACAACAACAGCAGCAACAGCAACAGCAGCAGCAGCAAGCCCAGUUCACAAAUCCUGAAACUCCUGGGUAUGUGGGAUUUGCAAAUCUUCCUAAUCAGGUGCAUCGUAAAUCUGUGAAGAAAGGAUUUGAAUUUACACUCAUGGUAGUUGGUGAGUCUGGUCUGGGGAAAUCAACACAUAUUAAUAGCCUCUUCCUGACUGAUCUGUACCCUGAGAGAGUUAUUCCCGGAGCUGCAGAGAAAAUUGAAAGAACUGUCCAAAUUGAGGCUUCAACUGUGGAGAUUGAAGAACGUGGAGUGAAGCUGCGACUCACUGUGGUUGACACACCAGGAUAUGGAGAUGCCAUCAACAGUCAGGACUGCUUUAAGACAAUUAUUUCCUAUAUUGAUGAGCAAUUUGAGCGCUACCUGCACGAUGAAAGUGGAUUGAACAGACGCCACAUUGUUGAUAACCGGGUCCACUGCUGCUUUUAUUUCAUCUCUCCUUUUGGUCACGGACUGAAGCCUCUGGACGUGGAGUUCAUGAAGGCCAUACACAAUAAAGUGAAUGUUGUUCCUGUCAUCGCUAAGGCAGACACCCUUACAUUGAAGGAAAGAGAGAGGCUCAAAAAAAAGAUCCUUGAUGAGAUUGAGGAGCAUGGUAUUAGGAUUUACCACCUCCCAGAUGCCGAAUCUGAUGAAGAUGAGGAUUUUAAGGAGCAGACUCGAGUCCUUAAGACCAGUAUCCCUUUUGCUGUUGUGGGAUCAAAUCAGUUGAUUGAGGCAAAAGGUAAAAAAGUCCGAGGGCGUUUGUAUCCAUGGGGAGUGGUGGAAGUGGAGAAUCCUGAGCACAAUGACUUCCUGAAGCUGAGAACCAUGUUAAUAACACACAUGCAGGAUCUUCAGGAGGUGACCCAGGAUCUUCACUAUGAAAACUUCCGCUCCGAGCGUCUCAAGCAGGGCGGCAGGUUGUCCUCACAUGGUUACAUUCUCCCUCUGUCUCCUUCGAAAGGGGAAGAACCACCACAGGAUAAGGACCAGAUCCUUCUGGAAAAAGAAGCUGAGUUACGUCGCAUGCAACAGAUGAUUGCCCAGAUGCAGGCUCAAAUGCAAAUGCAAAUGCAGAAACCAGGUGGAGACGGAGACCCCAGUCAGCAUGUCUAAAUUGGAGAGCAAAAAUUGAAGAAUUCCACAGCCCUGAAGCAGUGGUGAAGGAGGAUUUGAAGUAUAGAAAAUGUGGUCUUGGCAGCCUGUGUUGACAGCUGAUUUUUAAUACUUAGUUCACAUUGCAGUGUUGUAAUCUUAUGCCUGCAAUUUAUUUGAAGUUACUUUCACAUUUUAUUAUAUAUUGCAAUAAUUUUGCAUUGUUCACAUUUUAAAAUAAUUUUCUACCAAUGUAUCUUUUAUAAAGUUAUAGCUUUCGACAACUUGGUAAAAGUAUCUGCAACACUGGUUAAGGGUGUAAAAGCCACUAGUAUUGGGAAAGGUUUGACUAUGAAGAAAUUCUAACCAAUUCUGUUAAGUAUUAGCUGCCUUAAUAAAUUUGGAGGACUUGGUCCAAGAUUUGAUUCCAAAUGAGGGUACAAAGGUAGAUGCUAGUUGUGUCAAAAUUGGUUGAAAUCUUCACUGUUGAACUGGUCAUGCCUAAUUCAUUUUUUUCUUACUUAAGAUUCCAACAUUUGCUGUUUCUUACCUCCAGCAUUGUCAUUGUAUUGUCAGUGCAGUCACUAUUUAAUACCCUUCUCAUUCUAUGUGGGAACUAUACACUUCUGAUCUAGUUGUGCAGCAUAGCUUCAAACAUUUCACAUUCAACCCUAUUAUAUUAAAAAUCUGUCCAUGAUAUAUUUAGAAACCGUUACCUGAAUUGUUUUUAUGAUGCAGUCUUUUAAAAGUUCAAGUACACUUAUUGGAUUGGGCAUGGCCAUCAUUUCCCACUAUAGAAUGACUCUUGCUAAUGAGGUGUAUGAGAGAAUAUCUUCACAAAAUAAGUCGUGUGUUGCUUGAUCCUACCUGCACCCUAAGCAGUUGUGGGAUGAUCAUCAUUGUCAGAUAAAGACGAUAUUGGUUAGUAUCGAAACCUCAGACUUCGGUGGUCUUUUCUACUUUUCAAUGAGAAAUUGUUACUAAAUUUAAAUAAAUUUGCUAGCAUUUAAAAAUGAGAUGAGUGCACAUUUGUUCAAUUAUAAUUCUGUGUGUGCCUGCAGGUACGCUGUUGAAUGUGUAUUUGAAUGUGUUCAAAAAUCUGUUGUCUAGAAAUCUGAAGCUUCAAAUAGAUUGCUGCCUGUCUGAGUGACUACAGUGUUUAGCAGAUGAAGGGUUUUUGUUAAUGCCUGUUUUAGUAUUGCCUCCUGUAUGCCAGGACAUUCAUGAGUUUUAGUAAAUGGCUGUGCCAAUUGAAGUUUGCAGGAAAUAUGUUUUAAUCUUUAAAAAGUGUCACCUGAUUAUUUGCAUUGAUGUAUAUUGGGGAUCGGGGAAGCUGGUGGGGGGUUUUCAGCUUUGGUGAAUGGAAGGAUUAAAUCCAUAUUUCCAUGAAUGUGCAUACUUUGUUGCUAACUUCCAGCUUGUUGAAAUUUGCAUUACGAAAAUAAUAUUUGGCAUUUAAUGCCCAUACAUGGGAAGAAAAUUUCAGGUGAUUCUAUUCUGUGCAUCAUCCUGUAAAUUUAGGAUACUUUGGGUGCCUGUUCAGGUUACUUAUCAGUUGUUAUGACGGUUUCUUGACUACCUUUUUAAAGCGUUGAUUUCCAGAUCUCUUAUUUUAAUUACAUUUUUUUCCCCUUUUAAUCCAGCAAUUAAAAUAUAUUCAGUAAGGCGUAUGUCCCUACGAUAAAUAAAUUCUAUACCCUUUGAGUGCAUGAUCAGAUCUCUAAAAAAUGACUAAGCAAAUCAAAAAGAUAUAAACUGUAACAUUCUUUAAAAAGUAGUACUUUAACUCCACAAACAUACUUGAAGAUGUAAUUCCAAAUGUGUAGUCUAAACGGUUUAUUAAAAUUUACUUUUACACUAAUGUCAUCCAUUUCGUUUAACCAGCAAUGUACAUAGCUGUUUGAAAACGGAAGUGUAUUGUAACUGGAAUGACAACAAAAUGCUAGAAACAUUCAGUAGCUCAAGCAGCACUAUGGAAAGAGAAAUAGUCAACAGCUCACAGAUCUGAAAUGCUAUGGAAUGCUAGGUCCUGUACCUGAAUGUGUAAAUGGACCUGUUACAAAAAAGAGGUAUUGUGAACCAGGCAUUCCGACAGUGAAUUUGUUCAGAUUAGUAGUUUGAUAUAUAUGAUUCUCCUGCCAAUCCAUGAUGUAGCACGUUAACUGUGAAUUUGAUAAGAUGCUCUCCGUGAUAGUACACAAAUCAUAUUAAUGAGCAGAGGAAAGUGUAAUUUGCCACAGCUAAUGACUUCCCUCUUAGAUGGCACGGAAUUGUGAACUAAUAUACUGAUGAGAUCUAGAAACACAAUUGUUUUGUAUUUUGUUAUUUUCGUAUUUGAAAAGUAUUAACUUGGUGUAGAGGUGGCAUUAAUCACAUCUCAAUAUGUCGUUCUGAUAUCACUCUCCAAAUAGCAACCAGUUUAUACACUCUUCCCAAUUAACAGAUUGUCAUGUUUUAUAUUGAAACUUUUGAUGUGCAUUUGUGUGGCCUUAAAGCCUACAUCUUUUAGGUGCCAAUAAUUGAUUUUAAAUUUGUGUAACAGGAUAAGCCUUCAUACCUGUCACCUGGCUCUUAUUAUACUAUUGCUUUUGCCUUUAAUUAAAACAAUUCCUUGUUAUAUACUUGUGUACAGACAACCCACCCAUUACACAGGAGAGGGGUUCGGGUUCCCAGAAAACGGUUCAUGUUGCGAUUUUUCCAUAACUCAAAGCUGUCUCAUACACAAAUGCGUCAAGAAAUGAAAGUUGAAAAAAGUUUUUUGAAAAUUCUAUAAAAACUAAUUCUAUUCUGUAUCUCAAUUUUUUGGGUGGAAAUGUGUCAAUUCUGUAAGCUACUCCUUGAAUGGCUGUAACACUGGAGUCGUCUGUAUUGGCUAAAUAUUAGUUAGAUAGUAAAUAAGUUUGGGGAAUGGCCAGGGAACAAUCUUUCUAUAGUGUGAAGGCAAUUCAUGUAAAUGGAGUAAAGAGUUUGGAGAAUGCAUUUUCCGACAACUUUUUUUUGUACUUUACAUGUUGAUGUAUUUGUGAUUCAUUUGCAAAGCUUUUAUACUGCCAAAAUAUUGAUGAGACUGUUACUUCUGUUUUUAAAAUGUUAGAUUUCAACUAUUUCAGAACUGUUAACCAUUUCAGUAUUACCCAGUUACCAUGUUUAAAUUCUGGAAUGUUCAGUGAUCCAGGAUUCUCUCGACUGUACUCAGACCUGUGGAUCACCAAAUCUAUUGUUGUAAUGAAAGAUGAAACAGCAAUAAUAAAACAUAACCUUGCUUAACU